UCCCCACCCCGGGGCUUGGGGUGGGGGUGAUGCCGCCGCCGCGCUGCGCUCCCGGCGGUGCGUAUCGCCUUGGGCUCGGGGCCACGCGUGGGUCACGCGGGGAGCGAGCGGGCAGGGCCGGCUCCCGUGGGGUUGAGGGCUUUGCUUCCUGCCCCGGCCUGCUGGGGGGCGGCUGAGCUCCUACCGGCGGUCACCGAGCUGGAGGGGGGGUCUGGAUGGUCCUGAGGGAUUCCGGUGCCGGAAGAGAGGCCUGGCGCUGUGGAGGCCCUUCUUCCCCCGUGUUGUACCUCCUGAAGGAGGGAGGAGGGCCUAGUUAUGCUGCGAAGCUUUGAGAGGAUCCAGCACAAACGCCUACAUAAGCAGGGUAUUGAAGCCCCCAGGAGGAGGUUCAAGUAAUCUCUUUGGGAGUACAGAAGAAGUUUGUUCUUCAAACAGGCCACACCGAAUGGCAUCCAAUAUCUUUGGAGCAUCAGAAGAACCUCAAAACAUUCCAAAAAGAACAAACCCUCCAGGGGGGAAAGAAAGUGGUAUUUUUGAGGAUUCUAGUUCUGCUCAGCCUCGUCCACGCAUGAAUCCACCUGGUGGGAAGACAAGUGAUAUCUUUGGGUCUCCUGUAUCAACCAGUGUUGUGCGAGCACACCCAAACAAGCCUAAGGAUCACAUUGUCUUGAAAGAAGAUGAAACACCAAAGAAGCUAGAAGCUACAGAAAAUAUCAAACCACAGAUGGAAGAUGGAGGCGAGAAAAAAGAUCUGGGCAAAGAGGAGCGAUGCAAGGACCCAGAACCCAAGAUAGACAAUCAUGAGCCUCGAUUAGGGCCAAGGCCACGCUCACACAACAAAGUUCUCAAUCCACCAGGGGGGAAAUCCAGUAUUGCAUUCUAUUAGGGUUAUCUGUUCACUUUCACUAACGGAGUCCGCACAGAAACUCUUGUCUGUGGUUGCGAGGUCAGUUUAUAGAUUAUUAUUGGGGGAUAGAUUCUUAGGCAGAUGGAUGAGGGUUAUACUAAAGUGUGUGGGAAGGAUAACCUGAUGACUUGGGGAGGGAGGGCUGGGGAGGGAAAGGGUGCCCUGUGGAAAAUGUGAGCAUUGGCCUGUCUGGGUGGGUGUCAGAGGGGGCAGUAGUGUAACUUUGUGAAAGAUCAGUGCUACUUUGUGGUGAGUUCAUCAGACUGUUAGGUUCUUAGCUAGCUCGUGGCUCAGGACACUCUUGUGGAGUCAGGCUUAUCCCUACAGUCAGUAUGUAAAACGUUGUGAACGGGUAGGAGCCUGGAGGUCCUAUCUGAAGGGUUCUGAAGCACAGCAGGUAGGCUGUGCUUCCCUCUAGGCAGCAGGGUGCAGCUUCACAGUGUGAGUUGACUUGCAGUCACUGUAAUGUAAAUAUGUUCCCCUGGAACAAGUAGUGCUACUGUGGUUUUGAAUGUCUUCAGUCUUUGGUUCUCUUUCUCCUUUCUUGCUUAGCAGCACAUGAUCGCUGAUACAAGAGCAAAACAUGCUGAAAGUUUUUUAUACUCAUAAUAUUGUGGGCUUCCCCUCCCCAGAGUGUUCAGGCCUUUCUAAUGCCUUCAGCAAUCUGCUGAUUACUACAACUAGCUCUUGACAAGUGAUUGUAUCAGUCCAGCACACUGUUUCAUGUAGGUGCUUCUAGAAGACUUUUAUUUAAAGUAUCCUGAUUGAGUGCUUGCACAUUUCUGGUAAAUAUGUGGGUGCAGUGUACAAUUACCAUGGAGAAUAUAGGGAGGUGUCCAGCCAGCUAGCUUUGACCCAACCUGUAUAGAAAUGCCUUCGCUUCUGCAAAGGUUUUCACUUUGUACCCUGUGAAAACCGGGACUGUUCUACUGUCUUCACCACAGUGCAUUUUUUGUUUGUUUGUUUAUCUGUGCUGACUCUGUUAGUGAAUUCUCUUGUCUUUGGUCAGCCUUAUGUUUGCCUUUGGCUGCCUCAAGAUUUUUGUUGGUAAGGUUGGGAGAACUGCAUGGAUUCUCCCCAAACCACAGUCGUAAUUGUUUUGAGACAUGCUGUAGACUAUCCUAGUUGGAGAAACAAAGACUUUAGCAAUACAAACCUUUUGGUUGUGCUGACUAUCUUAAAUCAUGUUUGGAAGAUGUGCAUAUUUUGCACGAACAUUUGUUAGGGAGGGUAGCUCCCAUCAUUUGUUCUCUGAUCAUAUCUAGGGCCUUGAUACAUGAAUGUUAACAUUAGGUGCUUACUGUUCAACGUAUUUAAUAGUGACUUUUUAAAUUUGACAUAUCGAAACAGGAGUUGUUCAGGUACACCAAAGAACACGUGGCCUUAUCUGCAUGUAUCUGCUGCUGUUCUAGCCCAGGUUCCCUGGGAACUGCCACUCUUCAGAGGGGACUGUCUCUGGGCCAGGUGCUAAAACACUCUGUGAUUCUAGUGCUCACUAGACUGCUCGGUUCAAUUGAUGUCAGAAGUGGUGGAUGACUGCCUGAAGACUUAGUUGCCUUUUCAGACAGGGAAAGUGAAAUAUAUGGGGCAGUGCUAAGGGCAGAAAUAGCCAUGGAAGGUGGGGAUUUCAGUGCCCCUUCAGAGAGGUUUGGAGCUCCCUGUUAUUUGGCCCCCUGGGAAGACAAGAUGGUGAUUCUAACUGCAACUCUGGGAUGGAUUUAUGUUACUUCCAAACAUGUAUUUCCUAGCAGCUAUUCUUGAGUCUGUGCUGUCUAGCCUUUGUCUGAGUCUUGGACACAUCUAUUUGUUUCAAUUCCUUGUUUCAGUACUUGACAGGGUUUUAAGAGGCCACCAUGUGGAAAAGUCAACCAGAGGCUGAUUUCUGCAUUGAAGGGUCUGGUAUCAUUGAUGCUAUCCGUAAUACUGAGCUUAGACUUGGCAUCUUUUAGUACCUGAUGUGCAUUGGCUACAGUGCCUGUCUUUUAAACAGUAAUUUCCAACUAGGCCUUAAAUUUGUUAAACUAUGUUCAUUCUCUUGUAUUUUUUUCUUUGGAAUCUAAACCAUGUUUUCAACUCAUCAAGUAAGAUUGAUAAGAGCAUUUCUCCGGGACAGAAGGUGACUGGAAAUCAAAUGAUAAAUCAUGCAAUUGUCAAUAAACCUCUGUAUUUUGUUACUUCA